GCCAGGCAGCCCUCGUAAGUGGGUCGCUCGGGGCUUUGGUCGCCAUUCGUCGUUUACAUCGCCGCGACUUGGAUGUUGAACUAAUUUUUUUCUGAUCCACUUCGUUUCACUUACACAGUCAAAACCCAGGGGAGAGAAAAAAGAAAACUAUGCUCUUCGCGACCUCUCAGUCUAGGGUCGCUGCCUCAUGGUACAGCUACCUCUCUGUCCUCGUCAUCACCUUCUUGCUUCAGGCCAGCGGAGUGUUCUCCGCACCUCCAGCCUCGAGCUCAAAAUGCGUGGCUUAUGCCUCAGGUUACUUGACGACGAACGAGUUAUUAUACCGAAAGGGAGAUGAGAGGCCCACUCACGUAUGGAAGCCGUUCUCGUUGAACUCAAAGAACGAACUUGCAUAUUGGAAUAAUACGGGUCAUGGACACGAAAAAUUAUGGGUUCAAUUCCAAAAGUGUACACCGAAUUGGGCGGGUGCGACGAAUAUCCCUGAUCCUAUUUUUCCGAACGAGGCACAAUAUUAUGGCCGGGUUUACAUUCCCAAGUUGAGCCUCUGUCUCGGUGUGCCGAAUGCAGAUAAUAGCAAAGGCCCUUACUACGUGAAAGCACUCAGAUGCCCAAAUAGUGUUGCCGGAGAGAUGAAAACGAAGAAAUCCAUUCCUUUUAACUUCAUGCACAGUACUUUCACUCAGGACACGUCUAGGAAACUACUUUACUGGGUUGGAAAGUACAAACUAGAUCCUAAUGCGCCUUGGCAAGGAGGAUGUGAAGAUGGUAUAUUCGGAUACGUCGCCGAUCCAUUACGCGUCCCUAUCACACAAGGAUCUGAACAUCGUGUUUCAAUUGAUUGUUCGAAUAACGCAGCUCGGGUGAGGGUGUUUGCGGAGUUGAGGCCCUCUGUUUGAACGUCCGCCCGAACGUUGGAAUGGAUACGCAAAUAUGGAUCAGUGUGCGAUGAUAUUCACGGUUAACUAUCAAUUUUUGGAUUCAUGGAUUCGUAAAUAAUAGGUUGUAUAUAUCACAGGGCAGAAGAGCGAU